AAUACUACUAAAAUAAACCCGAAGCCCUAUUUAACACAAUACCUUUGCAAACACACUGUGUUCUAAUUAUGGUAUUUCAGUCAUUUCUGUCCAGACACUUAAGAGCUUGGGUAUGCACAGAGUUAAGACAUAUAAACCACAGACCUUCCAUUCUGCCCUGUCAGUAUGGACGAAAUCCUUUCACUAACUCCUCGAGAGAAGGUAGAACCCCCAACGUUCAAGUGAACAAGCAGUUAUGGACCGUCACGAGACCUAUUUACUCAAGUGAAUUGAUGUUACAGAAACAAUUGCAGUUGUUAUCGCCUUGUGUCUCAAUAUCUCGAGGAAAAAAAUCUCGAGGUAAAACGAAGAGGGGAAAAGAAGAGGUGCUUUCAGAUGAUGAUGAUGAUAAUGAUGACGACGAAGAAGACUGGGUGGAAGAAAGUGGCUUAGGUUAUAAGGACAUCAAAGUCAGAGUUCCCUCCUUGAGACUGGAUUCUGUUUUGAAGUCAGGACUCAAUAUGUCUCGCAAUAAAGUAGAGAAUGCGUUUUAUAGCAGUAGAUUGCGAGUGAAUGAGAACAAGAUCCUGAAGAAAAGUAAACAGCUGGAGGAAGGUGAUGAAGUAGACCUUAUCAAAGGAAUUUCAAAGAGCAAUCCAGAAAUGAUCAAUGUUGCUCGUUUAGUUAUCUUAAGGGUGGGUGAAUAUAAUGAGGAAACAGACAAACUAACUGUAAUGCUCCGCAGAUAUCAAAAUUUGCUUAUAAGAAAAUAUGAAGAUUAUAAAAUUGGCGAAGAAUAAACUCACGUAGGCAGCCUCACAGUUGUAUAAAAGAUAUUAAAAAUGAGUUUUACACUAUUUUAUUGUGAUUUUUUGGCUGCAUUGUGAGUUUCUUGUAAAGAUAAGGAUUUACUAGAUUUUCUCAAUAACAGCUUGACAGUUAUUUAUAGAAAUCUUGGUCUUUGCUGCUUAUACCAACACAGUAUGUUAUUUUGAUAUUUUAAUUUAUAUGUAUGUACUAGCAGCUAGUGGCAUUUUAUUUAAAAGAUUAAGUGCCUUUUCAGUGUGAAUGGUAUUGCAUUGUAAAUAUUGGUAAUAAAAGAUGCAGCAAAACUGUA